AUAAUCAAGAUGUUUAAUAGCCACCAGCACUUGCUCGACAUAUCGUCCUCAGCUCAACGAACACCUGAUAACGAGUUGGACUUCAUUCGUGAUGAAGAGUUCGAUAGCAACUCUGGUGCUGAUAAUAUGGAAGCUCCCAAUUCAGGUGAUGACGAUCAAGCUGAACCAAACCAACCUCCAAACAAGAAGAAGCGUUAUCAUCGCCACACUCAGCACCAGAUUCAGGAAAUGGAGUCCUUUUACAAGGAAUGCAAUCAUCCAGAUGACAAGCAAAGGAAGGAAUUGGGAAGAAGACUCGGGUUGGAGCCAUUACAAGUGAAAUUUUGGUUCCAGAACAAGCGUACUCAGAUGAAGGCUCAACAUGAGCGAUGUGAGAACACACAGUUGAGGAAUGAAAAUGAGAAUCUUCGCGCUGAGAACAUAAGGUACAAAGAUGCUUUGAGCAAUGCAGCAUGCCCAAACUGUGGAGGACCAGCAGCUAUAGGAGAGAUGUCAUUUGAUGAGCAUCAGUUGAGGAUAGAAAAUGCUCGUCUUAGAGAUGAGAUUGACAGGAUAACUGGAAUAGCUGGAAAAUAUGUUGGUAAAUCAGGACUUGGCUUUUCUCAUCAACUUCCUCUUCCUCCGCCCGAAGCUCCUCGGGCUCUGGAUCUUGCUUUUGGGCCUCCAUCGGGCCUGCUUGGAGAAAUGUACGCUGCUGGUGACCUUCUAAGAAAUGCUGUUACGGGCCUUACAGAUGCUGAGAAGCCCGUGGUCAUUGAGCUUGCUGUUACUGCAAUGGAGGAACUUAUAAGAAUGGCUCAAACUGAAGAGCCAUUAUGGAUGCCAAGCUCAGGCAUCAUCUCUUCUGAGAUUUUAUGUGAGCAAGAAUAUGCUCGUAUUUUCCCUCGAGGCAUUGGCCCUAAGCCAGCUACACUCAAUUCUGAAGCCUCACGAGAAUCUGCUGUUGUUAUUAUGAAUCAUAUCAAUUUAGUUGAGAUUUUGAUGGAUGUGAACCAAUGGACUACUGUUUUUGCUGGCCUAGUAUCAAAAGCAAUGACUCUUGAAGUCUUAUCAACUGGCGUAGCAGGAAAUUACAAUGGAGCAUUGCAAGUGAUGACAGCAGAGUUUCAAGUUCCAUCUCCACUUGUUCCAACUCGGGAGAACUAUUUCGUAAGAUAUUGUAAACAACAUGGUGAAGGGACUUGGGUAGUGGUUGAUGUUUCCUUGGACAAUUUGCGCCCUACUUCAGUUCCGCGUUGCAGAAGAAGGCCAUCUGGUUGUUUAAUUAGAGAAAUGCCAAAUGGUUACUCAAGGGUUAUAUGGGUUGAACACGUUGAGGUGGAUGAAAAAGCUGUCCAUGACAUCUACAAACCUCUUGUCAAUUCAGGGAUUGCAUUUGGAGCAAAACGCUGGGUAGCAACUUUAGAUAGACAAUGUGAACGCCUUGCAAGUGUAUUGGCAAUUAACAUCCCAACAGGAGAUGUUGGAAUCAUCACUUGUCCAGCUGGUCGAAAGAGUAUGCUAAAACUUGCUGAGAGAAUGGUGAUGAGCUUUUGUGCUGGAGUUGGUGCAUCAACAACUCACAUAUGGACAACGUUGUCUGGAAGUGGUGCUGAUGAUGUGAGAGUCAUGACUAGGAAGAGUAUCGAUGAUCCAGGGAGACCUCCUGGUAUUGUGCUGAGUGCUGCAACAUCUUUUUGGCUGCCAGUUUCUCCUAAGAGAGUGUUUGAUUUUCUCCGGGAUGAAAACUCUAGAAAUGAGUGGGAUAUUCUUUCAAAUGGAGGGAUUGUUCAAGAAAUGGCACACAUUGCAAAUGGUCGUGAUCCAGGAAACUGUGUAUCUCUACUCCGUGUCAAUACUGGAACAAACUCUAACCAGAGUAACAUGCUGAUACUCCAAGAGAGCACAACUGAUAUAACAGGAUCUUAUGUUAUUUACGCUCCAGUUGAUAUUGCUGCAAUGAAUGUGGUGUUAGGUGGGGGUGACCCUGACUAUGUUGCUCUGUUGCCAUCUGGUUUUGCUAUUCUUCCAGACGGACCAAUGAAUCAUCAUGGUGGAGGUAAUUCAGAAAUCGAUUCUCCUGGUGGAUCGCUACUAACUGUAGCAUUUCAGAUAUUGGUUGAUUCAGUCCCAACUGCAAAGCUUUCCCUUGGCUCAGUUGCGACUGUUAAUAGUCUCAUCAAAUGCACCGUUGAAAAGAUCAAAGGUGCUGUAACUUCUGCAAAUGCAUGAUCGAAAUCCAAGGUGGCCUUGGAGGGGGG